AUGCUGAUAUCGGAAAAUUCUGCAGGCGAUAUUCUCCUAAUUUCGGAGGGUAGGAGUGGUGUCGAUAAUGUAUAUACACUCAAAGAAGGAGUUCUUCGAUUGGAGCUCGACAAGAACUCGUUUGAACGUGCUGGCCUUGACGGCAAACCAAUUCGUAGCGGAGGACGAAAGCACGUAAAGGAAAGAUAUGCUGUGGAGAUUAACCUUAGGUUGCCAUCUAUGCUUCAUGGCAAAAAAGGCUUCGAGCGUGUCGUAUGGGCUUUUAAAAAUGUAUUAACGACGUCUGUGACUUGGCUAUUUUGCGACUUAACUCGAUCCCCACCCUAUUCAGAAGAAGAGGCCCCAAUCAAAAAGCAUUAUCCGCAGAUUAUACAAUGCAAUCCUACCGUCAAAAUUCUUGGAGUAACUAUGGUUCCACCGAUAAACCUAUCAGAGCUUGAAACAGACACUGGAAAAAAUUUCCUUCAUGAAACAUGCGACGAGAUUCAGGAAUGGCUCGGAUUAGUGUUUCUCGAUUCUCCACGCGUGCAUGAUAACGAUACUAUUGAUCCGUAUUUGAGUCGCUACGCGCUUCCUAGCCAUGAUGAGUGCAUCCCAGCUGAUCUAGUUAAGCUUUCCUGGAAAGGACUGCUUCCUUCUGCCUGGAUAAUCCAAUUAUUUACAGCUACGUUGCGCAAAUUUGCUUCCUGCUCUUCAAAACCUGGCGGCUGGUUCGCGCUUACAUCAUUUGCCCUAGGACGGGAAGCAGUAGAAAGCAAAGACGGAUAUAUAAUUCUCUCACCGUUGAAUGAAUGGCCUAUUGAAAAACAACCAUCUGAAGCUGAAACGGCCGAACCACGCUCGCAUCGACAGUUCAUAUGCUGGGAGUAUGCAGGAGGCUCGUCGUAUAGUUGA